AUGAACGAAAUGAACGGGUACAAUGCUCUCGCUGGAUACAUUGGCACUGAUCCGUCUCUUGCGGUGUUCAGGAGAUUUCUGAUCCUCAACGCACGCAACCUUCUCUGCAUGCAGGCCGAGAUCGUCAAUCUUGAGCACGCACUACGCCUAACGAUUAGGAAGGACCGCGAAGCAAAGGACGGCGAGCGGAAUCUGUUUGAAUAUGAUAUAAGAGCCCUGAAAGGUCCUCAUAAGAGCCGGGAAGACGGUCUACAGUAUCAAAGAACUCUCGAGCUACACAAAGCUCUACUCCAAUUUGCGCGUCUUUGUCAACUCGCUCCCGCGAACAAGGCCGACUGGUCAAUUGUUCGCGAAUUGACCGAGAAGAGCGAUGGGAGUGGAGACGUCUGGCUCCGUGGGCGCGAGUUCGAGACCUGGGAGGAAGAACACUUCGACGACCUGACCUCGUUGGCCGGCCAUUACACGGACAAAGAUGCACUCUCAAGAUUCAUCGACAAGAUGGUGAGGUCAGUCUAUCACAAGCACGUCGGUCACAAGUUUCACGAUCCGCUCUCCGUCGUCGAGUCAUGGGGGAGCGCAGGCAUGCGCAGGCCUAUCGUCAACUACCCCGACAGUCACAUCACCAGAAUCAUCGACACUUUAAGCACCAUCUUAGCCUCCAUCCUGCCGACGAUUGCAGCCUUUGGAAUCUAUCUAAUCAACAACCAGGUGACCAGGAUGGCCGCCAUAAUCUGUUGUACCCUGCUCUUCUCCACGACGCUGACGCUUAUUGCGAGGCCCGAGAGAGCGCAGGUCUUUGCGGCUUCGGCGGCCUUUGCUGCCGUGCUGGUUGUCUUUGUUGGGAACUCAAAUGGAUGUGGAAGUGGUAGUACGUCCUGA